GUUUAUAGCUUUUUCUGGGCUCUGUGAAAACGGAUAAUCUGAACCGGCCAGGUGAUAUUCGUGGGAAUGCAGACCCUUCAGGGAGCUUCAGUGCAAGAUGAGGGAAGCACGCUUCCCGGCGCAGGCGGAGAGUCGGGAGUCAGGACAGGUCCCUCCAGGAGCUCAGAGAGAGAGGGUUCGAAGACCUUUAAGAUCAUUGAGUAAGAACCCUAUCCAGCACAACAUCGAACAGAAACGCCGCCUCGCCAAGGAAAAGGUGCCGCUGGUGUGGGGGAUAUUAUCUCCUGACCAUACCCCCUCAGACAACAGACGCGGGGCAUGAGGCCAGCCACCCUCCGCUCCCUGGCGCCUGACGAGGGGUCCCCGGCGGAGCCCAGCUCGGCUCUCGCCGCAGCCCUCCUGCCCCUAAAGGACGGAUCCGCGUACGGCCCGGCCCCUCUGAGCAGGGGCGGUUUGUGCGAGGACGCGGCGGCAGGGAAGGCUGCGGGGAGCCGGCUUUCUCUGGCGGUCCCGAACUCUUCUCUCGAGCAGUGGCCGACCCCUCUGGGGACGCCGCGGAGCCACCCCACUCCGUCUGGCCUCUCCCCGCGCCAUGGGGCGGUGGCUGAGGAGGCAUCAGCAGAGCAGCGAACGCGGCGGGGAGGCAGACUGCGCCGGCGACAGCACUGCCUGGCCGAGAAGGACUGCGGCUCACGCAAUUUGCACGCCGUGUCCAAGCGCUGCCACCCCAGGCAGGGAGGAAGGGAUGAGCGCCCGCCCGCAGGCAGCUCCGCCCCGCAGGUACUGAGUGCCUCGGGGAGGAGGCUGUGUGUCGCUGCCCGGAGGGGAGCUGUGGGGUCGGGGGCAGCCGCCUGGCAGGGUCACGUCUCUUUCCCUGUGGGGACGGCGUCGCCGCCCGAGGCUGCCGAUCUUCGCCCCGCCGGCGGCCCCGGGGCGGCCUUGCACUGCUCUGCCCGUGAGGGGCUCUCAACUUUACGCGGCGUGGCAAGCAAUGUGCUGCGGAGCCGCCGAGCCGCUUUGACGUCUUGAUCCUCUCCGAGAACUUAACAGGAUCGCAAAGCCCUUCGAGCGGCUUUUCCCGGCAGACCGGCAGACAGACACAACCGGAGUUUCCGUUGAGGAGGAAAGCGUGCCAAGCUGUCAUUUAGAUGUUGAUAUGUAAAGCAAAAUGGCAAAAAUCAACACCCAGCACUCCUACCCUAGUAUGCACAGAUCGUCUGUCAGAACUACUGAUGAAGAUAUUGAAAGGAUUGAAAAUGGCUACAUCAGAACCCAUUCACUGUGUGAGGAUGGAUCUUCAGAACUGCAGAGAGUCAUCUCUGUGGAGGGAAAGCAUGUAUCUGAAUCCCAGACGAGCUCGUUCACGGGCCAGGGAGCAAUGGCAAGGCUAUCACGAUUUGUUGUGUCUGUGAGGUCAUGGGCCACAAGGCAUUUGCACCGUGAAGACCAAAGACCUGAUUCUUUCCUAGAACGUAUCCGAGGGCCAGAGCUUGUAGAAGUGUCCAGUAGGCAAACUAACAUCCGCUCCUUUCUGGGUAUCCGAGAGCGGCCUGGGGGAGCAAACAGUCACUGGCCCUUAGCCAGGUUUAACGUCAACUAUAGCAACAACACCAACGAAGACAAAAAGGAUGAAAAGAAAGAGGUUAAAGAGGAAAAGAAGGAGGAAAAGAAAGAGGAAAAGAAGGAGGAAAAGAAAGAGGAAAAAAAGGAGGAAAAGAAAGAUGACAAAAAAGAUGACAAAAAGGAUGAUAAAAAAAAAGAUGAGAAGAAAAAGGAGAUCUUUGUCAUAGACCCGUCAAGUAAUCUUUACUACAACUGGCUGACUAUAAUUGCAGCGCCUGUGUUCUAUAACUGGUGUAUGCUAGUGUGCAGAGCCUGCUUUGAUGAGCUACAAAUUGACCAUAUUAAAUUAUGGCUACUCUUGGAUUACAGCUCUGAUAUCAUCUAUGUUUUUGACAUGUUUGUCAGGUUCAGGACAGGCUUCCUCGAACAAGGCUUGCUAGUUCAGGAUGAAAAGAAAUUGAGAGAGCACUAUACCAAAACUAUCCAGUUCAAACUGGAUGUGCUGUCUCUGCUGCCAACAGACCUGGCAUAUUUGAAGCUUGGUUUGAACUACCCUGAGCUACGAUUUAACCGCCUGCUGAGGAUUGCUCGCUUGUUUGAGUUUUUUGACCGUACUGAAACCAGGACAAAUUACCCAAACAUGUUCCGUAUUGGCAAUCUUGUCUUAUACAUCCUUAUCAUCAUCCACUGGAACGCCUGCAUCUACUUUGCAAUUUCAAAGGUCAUCGGAUUUGGAACUGACUCUUGGGUCUAUCCCAACGUGUCCAUUCCAGAGUAUGGGCGCCUGUCUAGAAAGUACAUUUACAGUCUGUACUGGUCUACGCUCACACUGACAACCAUCGGAGAAACACCUCCCCCAGUGAAAGAUGAAGAGUAUCUCUUUGUGGUCAUUGACUUCCUGGUGGGCGUGCUCAUCUUUGCCACCAUUGUCGGUAACGUGGGCUCCAUGAUUUCCAACAUGAAUGCCUCCAGGGCAGAGUUCCAGGCCAAAGUGGAUUCCAUUAAGCAGUACAUGCAUUUCCGGAAAGUAACGAAGGACUUGGAAGCCAGGGUUAUUAAGUGGUUUGAUUACUUGUGGACCAACAAGAAAACAGUGGAUGAGAAGGAAGUUCUCAAAAAUCUGCCUGACAAGUUGAAAGCCGAAAUUGCCAUCAAUGUCCAUUUGGACACACUGAAGAAAGUGCGUAUAUUCCAGGACUGUGAAGCUGGACUGCUCAUUGAGCUGGUGCUGAAACUGAAACCCACUGUCUUUAGUCCUGGGGACUACAUUUGCAAAAAGGGAGAUAUUGGGAGAGAAAUGUACAUUAUCAAAGAGGGCAAACUGGCUGUGGUGGCAGACGACGGCGUAACACAGUUUGUAGUCCUAAGUGACGGCAGCUACUUUGGUGAAAUCAGCAUCCUAAACAUCAAAGGUAGCAAAUCUGGCAACAGGAGGACAGCCAACAUAAGGAGUAUUGGUUAUUCUGAUUUGUUCUGCUUAUCUAAAGAUGAUUUAAUGGAAGCCCUCACAGAAUAUCCAGAAGCCAAAAAGGCUCUAGAAGAGAAAGGGCGACAAAUUCUCAUGAAAGACAAUUUAAUAGACGAGGAAGCAGCAAAAGCAGGAGCUGACCCGAAAGACUUGGAAGAAAAAAUAGAAAAACUCGAAACAGCUCUGGAUACGCUGCAGACUAGAUUUGCAAGGCUUAUGGCAGAGUAUACCUCAGCUCAACAAAAGGUGAAGCAGAGACUUGCCAGAGUAGAAACUCGAGUGAAAAAAUACGGCAGUGGCACCUUAUCGGUUGGAGAAGGUGAGGCUGAAAAACCUGAGGAGAAAAAGCAGUAAUGGAGUAUUUAGAUUUCCUCAUUUGUUGGAGAGGGCUGAAGGGUGUGGAAGCCAUAAUGUAUGUAAAUAAGUGUGUGCAUACAUAGACAUCAUUAUUUUUGUAUGAACUCAAGAGAAUGGUUUAUAGCAUUUUUAACUGAAGCAGUAUUUUCUUGUAAAUAGAACAUUGUCACCACCUUCUUAGGGGGAGAUUUGAUCUGGUGUUUGGUACUUUUUUGUACUGGGAGGGGGUUUCUUACAGGUCACGCUCAGAACAUCUGUUGUACAUGGCACAUGUAGGUCUUGCUACAUCGUCUCUUCCCAUGCGAGUUGCAUUAAGAAGGCAUUGUACUUUAAGUAGAAGGGGUUGGGUCUUUUUUUUUAGGGGCUUAAAAAAACUAUUUACAGGGACAUGCUCCACCUCACAACCUAAGUAGUUGAUUAAAUGCAUGGAUGCACAUCUGUUUUUCUCAA